CUCCGUUUGUGGGUGGGAGGGGGACGAACGGUGUCCACAUCCUCAUCUGAGAGGCUUGUAAUAAGCUGAAGAAUCGAUUCCCUACAUUUUCUGGUAGGAUUGGUUUGCUUCUGUCUUUUGGGCUAUCCUAACUGCAAAUCUUCACAUGUUGGAGUACUGACUGUGAAUUGGGUAUGAAAGUGGUGUGCCUUUCAUGCACCCCACAUACUCUUCCUUCGAGAACCCCAAAUCCCAAGUUUGGCUCAAAGGAGGCUCUUCUCUUUCUUCGAAAUAGUGCCAGUUUGAAGCAGCUGAAGCAAAUCCAUGGGAAAAUAAUCCGUUUUGGUCACUCCCAUGACCAAUUGCUUGUCAGGAAGCUCCUACACCUCAGUUCCUCUUAUGGGGAUAUGGACUAUGCCACUGUAGUAUUUAAUCAGAUCAAAGCUCUGGAUACCUUCACUUGCAAUGUCAUGAUUAGGGCUUAUACUAUCAGUGGUUCCCAUGACCAGGCCCUUCACAUUUUCACGCUCAUGUUAUGUCAAGGCCCUACGCCUGAUAAGUUCACGUUCCCUUUUGUCAUAAACACUUGCUUAGCUUGUUGUGCCCUGGCUUUUGGAAAAGUAGUUCAUGCUCUUGCAAUCAAAAUGGGGUUUUCGAGUGAUAUAUAUUUGCAAAACACUCUAAUGAAUCUUUACCUGAAGUGUGGAAAUACAGAGGGUGGGUAUAAGGUGUUUGACAAAAUGCGUGGGCGAAGUGUGGUUUCAUGGACAACCAUGAUUUCAGGGCUUGCUGCUUGUGGACAACUGGAUGAAGCCCGAAGAAUUUUCGAGCAAAUGCCAUCUAAGAAUGUGGUUUCAUGGACGGCAAUGAUUGAUGGGUAUGUAAAAGACCAGCAACCAAUAGAGGCUUUCAGGUUAUUUCAAAGAAUGCAGCUUGAAAAUGUGAUGCCAAAUGAAUUCACAGUGGUAUGCUUGAUUAAAGCUUGUACUGAGGUGGGAAGCCUAAAGCUAGGCAAAUGGGUUCAUGAUUUUGCUCUCAAGAAUGGGUUUGAUCUUGGGAUCUUCAUGGGAACAGCUCUGAUAGACAUGUACAGUAAGUGUGGUAGUUUGGAAGACGCCAUGAGAGUGUUCCAUAAGAUGCCAACCAAAGGCCUAGCUACUUGGAAUUCAAUGAUCACUAGCUUGGGUGUACAUGGGAUGGGAAAUGAAGCUCUUUCCUUUUUCCAAGAGAUGGAGAACACAAAUGUAGCUCCUGAUGCUAUCACUUUUGUGGGUGUUCUAAACGCUUGUGUUCAUAUCAAUGACUUGGAGAAAGCUGAGAAGUACUUCAAUCUUAUGACUGAACAUUAUGGUAUAACACCUGUGAUGGAGCAUUAUAAGUGCAUGAUUGAACUCUAUAGUCGUGCUAAUAGGUUGGAUGAAAUUUACUCACUAUUGAAGCCAAAUUGCAGCACGGUUUUGGAAUUGAUCCAGGAGAGGAAGGCUGGUAAUAGUGGUGAUAAAAAUUACUUAAGUUCACUCCAGGUUUAAUGGAGGCUUGAAAUGCUCAGGACUAUUUGUAGGCCAUCCUUCCUCGAACUCGCCAUCUUUGCUUCAUUGCUUCUAGUGGAACAUCUGCUGAUAUCAAUCAAAAUAGAUGAUUUGAGAUUCAACGUCGUCUGUCAUAUGCGAGCUUGACGCAACGAUAUCUCUCUCUGAAGCUUUUUUUUUUUUUUUUUAACUUUAUACAAGAAUGACGUAUUUGAAUGAAGAUAUAUGCAGUUGGAUGCUUGCCAGUGACAUGGCUUGUAAGUUGCAGUGACCCCAUUCUUUACCCUGUAAAAUCUGAAAGAAAUAUAGCCUUUCAAUCUGGGCACUCAGUUCCUAUGAAA